AUUUUUUUUUCUCUUGUUUACAAACCAAAUUACAAACAAACAAACGAAAAAAAUGUUCAAAUCAAUCAAUAUAAUAAUGAUUAUUGUGAUUAUAAACAGCCAAUAUCGACCAAUCGAAACAUGGAAAAGAUAUUUUCAAAAAGAAAAUGGAAAAAAUUAUUCAUAUAAUAAUUAUGAUAAUCGUAAUAAUUGUGAUGGUAUAGUAACAUCACAAAUAUUUUUAAAACAAUUAACAACACUUGGUAUUGUUGGUAAUACAAUAUAUACAUAUAAUUUCGAUCAUAAAAUAAGUAUUUUUCCAUCGGCUAAAUGGCGUACAUCACCAUAUAUAAAUGGUGUUUAUCUAAUGGAUGGUUUAACAAUUGAUGAUUCAUUAUUUUAUCCAAAAAUUUUAAAACAUUGGCCAUUUCAAAUAAUUGUCAAUGAUAUUUUUGGUCGUUAUACUGAUAUUAAAAUAAUUCUUGCAGCAUUACUUGAAGGCAAUCAAGAACCAUUUAUAGAAUUUGCUCAAAUAAUUCAACCUGAAUCAAAUAGACGUAUGCAUAGUAAUGUUAGAAUGGCAAUAACACGUAGUGAUCGUAAACGUAUAAAUAGAACAAAUAAUAAUGAUGAUAUUGAAUAUGUUGGAAAAUAUGAUAAAUAUUUUGAUGAUUUUUCAAAAAAAUUUGAUAUUGAUAAUGAUGAUGAUGAUUAUAUGAUACAUUUUUGGUUACGUAAUCCAGAAACUGGUACUGGAUUUAAACAUUUAUUAUAUUAUGCAAAAGAUCAAGAUGAAUCAUUAUUGAUGGGUGAAUUUUUAAGUCCAAUGGAUGUUAAUGUUAAUUUAAUACCAAUGAAUAUAAAUGGUGAAUUUGCAGCAAUUACUAUACAACAAAUGCCAUAUGGUCGUCCAGGUAUUUAUCAAGUACAUUUAUAUAAUUCAACACCACGUUUAAAUAAACCAUAUGGACAAUUAUGUCAUCAAAAUAAAUAUAUUGAUGAUUAUAUUUAUCUUAUAUUAGAUACUGAAGAUCAUUUAAUAUGUAAAUCAACACAACCAUUAUUAGAUAUUUAUGAAUUUGGUUUUACAUUAUUCGAUGAUUAUAUUUAUCUAGUAUCAACUGUACAUGAUAAAAUUAUACGUAUUAAUAAAUCAAUAUUAAAAAUAUCAAUGGCUUAUAAUGAAUUUCGUAUUGAUAAAUUAGAAUAUCGUGAAUUUUUUAUGUGUUUUUUACCAUAUGCUUGGCCAAUACCUGGUAUUGAUUUACAAAAUUUUAAACAAAAAAAUCGUACAUUAAUACCAAAAUUUUGUCAAUCAAAAUCGCAAUCAAAAUCACAAUCCAAAUCGCAAUCAAAAUCACAAUCAGAUCCAGAUAAAGACCAAGUAACAACGAAUAAUAAAACCGGAAUUAAUACCGGUUAUUAUAAACAACCAAAUAUGAAAAAUGAGUGA